AUGAGGCGCCUUCCAAGAGCAGCGACCAACAGUUUGCCGCUGAGAGACGUAAAGCCCUGGACAUGGCUGCAGGGUCUCGGCGCGGCGCGGCUCAUCUCCUGCUGUGUCAUUUGGUCUGCAUGUUGGUCUGUGUGCCGCAGAAGUUAUUUGACCACCUCCGUGCUAGUCUCGCGACUACUGCUACUGAUCUAUGGCAUUAUCUUCUGGUCCCUGUCCGGGCAAGCCGAGCCCUUGAUGGGCCCCCAGGGGCUGGUGCCCCAGCUAUCGGCCCAACAGGUGCAGCGCAUGGGGCGGAUGCCGCUGCUGGCGCUGGGGGCCUUGGCACCAGUUGGUCCCUUAGGCGCUGCUAUCGUGGCUGGAGCCUUGAGUUGGCUCACUGCAGUCUAUCGCAGCUACCUGAAAGUGGAGUUCCUCCGUUUCCAAUGGGACAUUCUGGCCGUGGAAUCGGGUGCCCUGGGUGUCCUUUUGGCACUGUCGCAGCUGCCGCACUUCGUCGAAACGCGGCGCAUUUGCGCGGCGCUGGCGUGUCAGUGCGUCACACUGCUCUGCUUCAAACUGAUGUGGGGCUCCUGUCUUUGCAAACUCCAAUCAGGCUGUCCUGAGUGGAACUUCGGUAGCGCCAUGGCGCACCACCACCGUACCACCUGCCUUCCCAAGCCCCUGGCACGGCCGCUACACCGCUGGAGCGGGGAAAGACGGGUCUCCAAUGUGCAGGGCUUGAUGACCCUGUGGGCGGAAGGCCCUUUGUCUAUAUUGGCGCUCAGCGGCUGCCCUUGGGCCCGUGCUGCUUGCUGCCUGCUGUGGUGUGGCUUGAUGCUGGGCAUUGUUGUGUCUGGCAACUACGGAUUUUUCAACCUCCUCACCUGCAUCCUAUCAGCUUCCCUCCUGGACGAUCAACAGCUGACUCCUCUGGCGCGCCGCCUCCACCCACUUGCGGACGCGCCCACGGGGAUGCUGUGGCCGUGGUGCCUUUGGGACGGACUGCUCGUGGCGCUGGUGACUGCCGCCUGGGCACUGUACACUGCAUCCACUGUCUCUGCCAUCCACAGGAUCUGCGCGCCCAAAGCACCUGAAGGUUGGUGUCGCAGGAUCGAAGAGAGACUCCGUGCACUGGGACUGGCUGGGAGGUACGGGCUCUUUGCACGGAUGACCACCAGCCGAGACGAGGUGGUCCUGCGCGAGCUGCACCGCCUCCCUCCAGAUCUGGCGCAGCGCGCCGUGAGGGACGGCCUGGCGGUUUCCGCGGGCGAGGAGUUUUGGGUGGAGUUGGCGUUGCCCUUCAAACCGGGACCUUUGAAUCGCGCUCCCCCAGUGCUUCUGAAUCACAUGCCUCGUUUAGACUGGCAGAUGUGGUUUGUUUCACUCCGCUGGGCUGAUGGCGAGCAGCCCAGCUGGUUCCAAGACUUUCUGCAAGGCUUGAUGGACCGAAAGCCUAGCGUGUUGAAGCUAGUGGCGCAUCCAUGGCAACACGAGGUGCAGAAGUUUGCAUUGACGCAACGACCUGGUGCGAUACGUGUGACUUUGGAGGACUAUGACUACAACCCCCUUCCUGAUGCCAAAAGGAAGGAUGAGGUCAGGGCCAAGGGAGGUCAAUGCUUUUUUGACACCUUCAAAAAAGGCGCCGGUGGAAAGGACAGCACAACAUGGUGGGAGCUCAGUGGACGCUGGUGGCGUUUGAACCUCACUAAAUCCCUGGGACUCUUGCAGACCAGUGGCACGGUCACUCGCAACACUGUGUUGGACCCUGCCAUUCUGGUCAUAGGUCUGGUGAGUAUAGUCAUCGCCCUCUCAGCGUUCAUGGCCUUUUGUACCUCGAGCAGCUCGGGCAAACGGAAGGUGACCCGCUGUCCAGCCCCGGCCACGGCCCCAAACCGGCCAGCGCCCGCGAUGCCCGCGAUGCCUGAGGACAUGGCGCAGAAGGGCCGAUGCCUUUCGACGGCUUUGCGCGCACGAGGCAGCAAAGGAAGUGAAAGUAUGAGGCCGUCUGAGGUCAACCCAACCAGUUCGGUGUCCGUGCCUGCCGCCUCGGACACGUCGCUUCCGCCACCGCAGGAGCCCAAGCACAUCGGAGGUGAAGAGGGAGGCAUGUUCAAUUGGUCCCCGCGUUCGGCCGAAGACUUCGAGACGCUGUGUCCAUGCCUGGUGGUCCCUGAUGGCAUGGAAUUCGUCUUCGCCGUGCGCGAGGUCCUGACGGUGGUUCGGCAAGAGCUCUCCUUCUCUGUGGUUGACCUGGAUGGGUCUCCAUUGAGUCAUAUCAUCGUCAAUGAAACUGGCUCUGGGCCCCAGUGUGGCAUUUUCCUCCAGAUGCUGGAUGGCGAGCCCUUGGCUUCCAUCCGCACAGAUAUGCUCCACUCGUGGCCGGGGCGUUUGCCAGAGAUGUGCUAUGCCUCUGGAGAGGUUUUUGGCCGAGUAGCCAAGGGUGAUGGUCGAGACUAUGUACUGCGAGACAACGAGGAUCGGAUCUUGUUACGCUUGGAAGGCAAUUUCAAGGAGAAGACGGUGAAGGCGACGAGCUGGUGCGGUGAACUGAUUGCGCUCAGCGAACGCUGCAUCAUCAGCCUGGAUGGUGGGGCCCAUUACCAAGUACGUGUAGCUCCUGGGGCGGAUGCCGGCCUGGUACUGUGCAGUUUGCUUGCGAUGGACAAGAUCGAGGGUGGCGGACGCUCAACCUCACCAUAG